AUGGCCGAGCGGUCUAAGGCGCUGCGUUCAGUGUCUUCAGAGUUCUACUCGUCGGAAGAUAAGCGCGAGGACUGGGAACGCAUAGUCGGUGGUACCAAGGCGCCAAAUGGCUCCGUGCCUUACCAGGUGUCAUUACGAAUGUGGGGCGUGCGACACUUCUGCGGCGCCUCUGUCGUGACUCCAAAAGUUAUACUGACUGCUGCACAUUGUGUUGAAGGAAUGAGACCCCAAUUCAUGAGAGCGGUCGUCGGUACCAACCAGCUGCGCGCGGGCGGAAAGUCGUACAGCAUCAGGAAAAUCGUGUCGCACGAGGAAUACGACGGCGACGUGAUCGUUAACGACAUAGCAAUAGUGUUCACUAACAAGGAGAUACAGUUCAGUGAAACGGUUGAUGCUGUUGAGCUGAACGAUGAGCCGGUUGAGGCUGGAGAGGAAUUGCUGCUUACUGGAUGGGGAACUACUUCGUAUCCAGGUCGGGUGCCCAACGACCUCAUGCAGCUGGAGCUGAAGGCGGUCUCGUACGAGGACUGCAAGGCCGCGCAUGAGAGCGUCAACGCCGUCUUCGAGACUCAGAUCUGUGCCAUAUCCAAGGAGGGUGAAGGAGCCUGCCAUGUGCACUCCUACAUGCCUUGGAUCGAGAAGACCCUGCUCGCUGAUGAUGAAGAGCAUCUAGUGUUUCUGAACAACAAGACGAGAAUAAGGCGAACUAAUAGACACAGAUCACUCGCUUAUCAAAGAUACAAUCUCUUAUAA